AUGUUUAUGCUAUAUGUUCUGUUGACGGCAAGUCUAUACCAUAGUCAACUUCAAACUACAGCUCAAUCAACAACACCAUCACCCAGUGUAGCCUUGGCGACAUGCAAUCCAACUGUUUGUAAACCGUCAUCUUUGCCCUGUUCUUCGAACCUCGAUUGUGAAUGUUUUUCAUUGACCAGUGCCGCUAAUGGAACUAUCUCGGGCAUUUGUGCUGUUGCCGAUCUUUCCUGCACUUCCGUGGUUCGAUGUAAUUCAGACAAUGUUACAUGUUCAAUUGCACAUACAAUCUGUGUUAACAGUACACGAUGUCAACAACCUGUUUGUUAUCCAAUGGCAUUGGCUAAUAUUCAAAUAUGUCCUCCAAAUGCAAUAACGAGUGCAACAUUAUCACCAUUGGCUACAACAACAUCAGGUCGUCCCAACUUAAGCACUUUAACAACAUCGAUAGGGACCAAUACAACAGUCGUUCGAAAUUCUACCACGUCAUCAACAAGAGCCUCAAACACAGCGGUCGCUCAAAGUACAACGACUACAUCAGCAGCGAGAGCUACGAAUUCGACGACUUCAACGAGAGUAACAGCAUCAAAUACGACAACUCGACCCACGAAUACUACAGUGACAACUAGCCGAGCAACUGCUACACUGAGUACUAGUAGUACUAGAUCUACAACUGGACCACCGACAACAUCGUCUAGAUCUACGACCACAGUAGCUACUACAACAUCAACAGGUGGUGUUGAUCUUCCUUUGGAAUGUAUUGUUUACACUACCUUCGAUGAUUCAACAAGAGUCGUUUCAAAUAAUAUCAAUGAUAACUCACAGGGGUGUGAUCAAGUAUUGUUCGAUAGUAUGCCUAACCCAAUUCGUUUCGUGUCACCUGGUGGAACACAAAUGCCAACUAUCUCGCCUGGUGGAAACAACUGUGGUGCUUGGGGAACUGGUUGGCUAACUACAUCUCAUCCUUCUGAAAUUGGUCAAUCUGUCGAUGGAACUGUUUGUUAUGAUUAUGGCAUCGGCAAUGUUUGUAUGAAUUCUAAUUCAAUACAAAUCACGAAUUGUGGCGGUUACUAUGUUUAUCAGUUGUAUGCACCACCUGAAUGUAAUUCACGUUAUUGUACAAUUGAAUUUCCUGACCAAUGUACCAAUUACACCACGAUCAAUGAUCCUUCAAGAUUAGUAUCAUCUAAUGGUGGGUCUGGAUGCGACAAUUCAUCAUUUAGCACAGGAAUAACUUAUGUUCGAUUUGUAUCUGGAUCGGGCAAAGAUAUGGAAAUAGCCAUGUCCUCACCAGGUCCAAAUCACUGUGGCACUCAAGCUACUGGAUAUGUCACAACUGAUUAUCCAUAUUUCCCUAGUCAAACAGUUAAUGCAACUGUUUGUUAUGCAAAUAAUAACACUAGUUGUUAUGCAUCAAAUACAAUAACAAUUUCAUAUUGCGAUCAAUAUUAUGUAUUUGGAUUAACAAAACCACCACGGUGUCCGGCACGUUAUUGCACUAUGGAUCUGCCUAUACAAUGUUAUAAUUAUAUUACAAUUAAUGAUCCAACACGUCUAUCAUCCAACGGGGGUGGUUCAUCUGAUGAUACAACGUUAUUUCCUAGGGCUGACUCUAUAUCCUAUGUACGAUUUAUGUCACCAGGUAGAACUCAAAUAUUAGGAACGCCAAUAGAGGGCAUUAAUCGGUGUGGCACAGGGUAUCCUAUUUAUAUUGAUACUACAUCUACACCAUAUCCAUCAUCAGUUGGUGAAACAGUCAAUGCCACAACUUGCAUGUACGUGUAUUAUAGUCCGGAGAAUUAUAGUCCGUGCUAUGUGUCUAAUACGAUAACAAUAACAAAUUGUAGCACAUAUUAUGUAUUUGGUUUAACAGCUCCUCCUUCACUCGGUCCAUCACGCUACUGCACAGUAGAUCUACCCUCACAAUGUUAUAGUUAUCUAUCAAUCAACGAUUCGACUCGUUCAAUUUCCAAUCUUGUCAAUGGCACAGCCUGUGAUCAAUCAUUGUUUACUAGCAAUAAUACCAGAGCUCCUACAUAUGUACGAUUUAUCUCAUCUAAUGGAAAAAUUCUUAGUUCUGUGCCGGGUGGUAGUAAUAAGUGUGGUACAUCGUUACCUGGUUGGACAAACGGUACUUUUCCUACUAAUCCUGGCGAUACUGUUGAUGCAACUGUAUGUUAUCAAUAUUUUACUCGUUCAUGUUUUGAUUCAAACCCAAUAACAAUAACAAAUUGUGACACUUUCUAUGUGUUUGGAUUGACAAAACCACCUAGAUGUCCAGCACGUUACUGCACAGGUUAA